AUGGAUUCCAGUGCUUCAGGCCGCCCUACGAAAUCGUUUGAAGAGUCAAGUGAGAGAAGCAAGUGUCGCAAAACUGAACUGGUUCGCUCGGCCGUAGACGAUUCUGUUAUCAUUCGUGCUGCUCAGUCAACUUUGAGAGCUAAAGGACUUCGAAAUGCAUCAGAACUACUUAAAGAAAUCACAAAAUCGCCAACAAGGGCAGAAAAAUACAGAAGUGCCUACAAGUCAUCGAGUGAACCCGACAAACACAAUAAAUUAACACCUCAAGAAGCAUUGGCGAUGUUUGUAGAGGCCGACCUUACAAGACAGCAAUAUGAAAUCGUGCGUAAUACAAAUAAGUCGCUUUAUCCUUGCUACGACAGAUUAUUAGAGGCCAAAAAAGAAUGCUAUCCACCUGAACAACAUAUAAAAGUGACGAGUCUGUAUGCAGAAAAGACUUUAGAUAUGCUUGUACCCACCAAACCUGUCUCCGCUUCAGCAGAAUUUUCAGACUAUGAGGAUCUGGAGUAA